UGUUCAUUUAGUGCCUCAAUAUUACCCCGUGUGUGUGUGUGUGUGUGCGGAAAUCUUUGGACUGACUUGUCAAGUCUGGGCUGGAAUUCUGUCUGUGACUGUGAGCCAGAUCUCUGGAUUGACCGUCAAGUCUGGCCUGGAAUUCUGACUGUGAUUCAAUACUGCCCUGUAAGUGAGAUUUCUAGACUGACUGACAAGUCUGAAUUGGAAUUCUGACAGAUUCGUAUUGAACCAGAACAAUACAAAGUCUCUGGAGGGACUAGCUUUUUAAACCUGACUUAUCUCUUGAAAAUAAGAGUAUUAUAGCUGUAGAUUUCUGGCAGAACUCGUCACAGCCAGCCAAAAUGGGCACCUUCUUAGGGCACCUGCUACCAGGCAGCUUCUUCAUCCUAUAUGCCUCUUGGCACAUGUUCAGCGUCUUCACCAAAUACUUCCUGAGCCAGCGGGCGUUGGCUACAACGAGGGACCAAGGUGGCACCGGCAGCAGUGGCGGUGGUGGUUCGCCUUCCACGCCGUACUACAGGAGCACCUGUGCCCACGUGUUCCCGUGCUGCCCCAGGAUACCCAUGGAGGGUAUCGUGAAGAUCGUCCUCACUACCAUAGGGUUUCUGGGAGAACUCAUCACGGCCUUCGAGGACGGUGUCUUCGUCCACUAUGGCAACGCCCAGCACAUGACGAUGUACUUCGCCUUUGGGUUGUCUGGGGUCUUCGACAUCAAAGUCUCCAGGGGCCCUAGGCCGGCCCUUCCGAAUCUAGACUACGUUGCCCUAGCCAUGGCCUUCGCAAUGGAGGCCUUGCUCUUCGGGUACCACCUGCACGGGAGGACGCCCUUGGACGUGCAGGUACACAUGCUUAUGCUGUAUACGAUAAUGCUCUGCGCUGUGGCUACAAUUGUUGAGAUGGCUUACAGGAGAAGCGUGUUACCAGCGUUGAUGCGGGCGUUCUUCGUCAUGUUACAGGGUACCUGGUUUGUCCAAAUCGGCUCCAUCUUGUACGAGCCGCUGACCAGCCCUUGGGACGAGAACAGCCACUCACAGAUGAUGCUGGCUACGGUCCUCUUUUGCUGGCAUUGCAUGGGAAUCUUUCUCCUCAUGGCCUUCGUUGGGUGGCUGCUAAACAGCAGGGUCAAGAGAAUGCUCGGGACGUCGUCGGUCUACUGCCAACUAGAGAGGAGACUGGAGAAGGGCAGCGCGACCUGCCAGGAAGCCCUGCAACUCACCGAGGAGUAAGAAGAAGAAGAAGGACAGUGUAAACAUGUUGAAGAUUCUUGAUCGAAAUGUAAACAAGAAGAUAUAUUGAAGAUAAAUGUCAUUAAUAAGAGACACACCAAAAUAUCAUAGUGACGCACAGGUAUAAAAAAUCACUUACUGUUUUAUCAGUGACUGCACAGAUCUUACAGAUUUCAUAGAUUCUUCAACAUGAGAUCACGACUUACAGAAGAAGGGAAGAUGGGAAUUAUCAGUGAGCUGUUUUUCAUGCCCAAGGUAUUAAUUGCAUGGUUAUUUAUAAACUGUCAUUCAACAUUCAUCAUAAUAUUGAUUUUAUCUAUUUUAAGAAAUGGACCAAAUACAGGAUAUGAAUCUUGAUUUGUGCAUUAAAUGAUAGAUUUAUUGUUUAAUUUGUUAAUCUUAAUGUGACGUAAUUCUGAAAAAUUAUAAUGGUAAUAUUGCUAAUGCAGAAACAUAAUGGUAUUUGCUUGAAUGUAA